AAGCGCCAUAUUGCGAAGAUGUUUAUCUUAUCAGUGGAAGGUACUUUAUAGUGUGUAAUAACAGGAGCGUAUGUCUACUCCCUGUAAUCACACACUGCAGUUUAACAAUGAGAGGGUUGGCUUUUCUUCUGUCCUACCUUAUCCCUGUUAUUAUGGGAUACUGUAUGGUGAACGAAGACUGUGGGGACAUUGACAGGCUGUGCUGUUCCAUCACUCCGGCUCUGGGGAGAAGGAGACAAGUGGACAGCGACUUUAAUGUACACUACUGCCUCCCAUACAAAAACGAAAACGCCACCUGGUGUUCGUUGCAUAUUCAGCAUUCACCGGAAAUUCCGAACUAUCACGCCCUCUGUCCGUGUGGGCCGGGAUUACGCUGCACACCCACUACGGAGCUUGACCCACAUUGGUACCCGCGGAAUGUGUACGGGAAAUGUACUCACGCUGUUCGACACCAAUGAAAAUCCGAUCAUCUGAUUUAAUUUAAUGUGUAAAGCACAGAACUAUAAUUCAUGGCAGGUUGUGAUAGCCCAAAUUAAAAAGAGAUUGUAUUCAAA